CACUUGUCAUCUUGUGCACAUCUUAUGUAGUCACUUUUCAUCCUCCUUUGCUCCAAAGAGAAAAGGUGUAGCUCACUCAGCCCAUCCUUGAGAGACAUAUUCUGUAGUCCAGGCAACAGAUCUUUUGCACUAAGGAGGUACAAUCUAUAUUUGGGAAGUUGAAGUACCCUUUGACAUCAGCCCUGCUAUUUUUGCCUCCUGAUCUGCUUCUCAGUGUUUCAUGCUUUUUUUGUGUGUGCAGGUGGUGGUGGGGUGUUGCUUCUGUAGAAUACUCAUAAAAGUGAUUGUUUUUCCAUUAGGUCAGGCAGUGGAAGUUGUAUUGGAGCAUGUAUUACUUGCAAGGGCUGUGAAAUUAUCUAAACUGCUAAAGAUGCUGUGUGUUAUCUAAUCAGUGCUAGAGACUGAGAUGACUGGUGUAACUACUUUGGUUCUGUCCUCUUGGGUUGCCAAGGGGGGGAUGGAUUCUGUUAUCUUGGGCAAAAUAAUAAUAGCAACCUGUUUAUAAGAGCAAUUUUUGUGCAAAUUUUGUUCAAAGAAUGUUACAAAUUGAUAAAGUACAAGAAUAAAAAUAAAAGACAAUGUCCCAUCUUCCUACAGGUAUAGGACUUGCAUGUUAUAAUAUUAUGUGGCAUAGAUUUACUUGGAACUGCUUUUCUCUCUUGGGGCAGCUGUGAUCUCAUUAGAUCUUGAACUCAUUUGUUCAAAUUACUUCCCUAUUGGUCUCCUUUGCUUAGGUUCUGUUUUCAACUCUUGUCAUUUUUUUUUGGAUAUUCUACUCUGGUAUGAGCUGGAUCUUCUAGCUCUCAGCUUCAAGCAUUCUGUCUAUGCGCAUUCCAGUGAGUCAUUAAUACUCAAAGCCCAUUACUGAUGUCUAAUAGAACAAGCACGAGGAAAUCUGCAGAUGCUGGAAAUUCAAACAACAACACACACAAAAUGCUGGUGCCAGCAUUUUGUGUGUCUAAUAGGACAAGGUAUUUUUGGUGGUGCAGGAGAAAAGUAUAGUGUUGAUGCAUCCCUUUAAAAAAAAACCUCUUCCCUGCUAUCCAUCCUAUGCAGUGCCUUUUAGAGGGUUACAGUCCCAAAGAUAACGUAGGUUCACUAUUCCUCCAUUAUCUACUUGCUUUCAUAGGUAGAUCAUUACAUUUUCCAGUUUCAUUGUCAUGUGUUUCAGUUCCCAAAGAUGCAUAUUAUGCCUCUCAGGGCUAAAAAUUGAGAUUCCGUAAUUUGCUUUUCUAUUGACAUUUAAUGUUAUUGGCUAAAUGUUGUGCUCAGUCAGUUAUGUUUGUCCUGAUUCUGAAGCUGACUCAAGCGCACAUCCUGCUUUCCUCUACUUUCAGGGCUGUAAUAAUACCAUUAAUUCUUCUUUCUAAAUGCUUUCUGCAAUGCAUGUAACAACUUAUUUCCUUUACCCUUGUCCUCACGUUCAUGCAUACACUGUUAUUACAAUGCUUUUCACUAUUUGCCUUUUUGGCAUUGAUGCAUGCAUCUUCCCAGUACUGCACUGCCAAAAACAUAUGACCUAUAUACACUGAUCACAAGUCAUCCAUUCUGGCCAUUUAUCUAAGUACCUCUGGAGCUCUAAUUUCCAAAGUGGUUGUGUUCUCUUCUAGGUGCUUCACUGGUUUAUUUAGUCAGCUUCUUCACGUAUCUCCCCAGCAAAGUUCAUAAACUUUGCAAAGUUAUUGAUCAUAACAUAACAUUUGACAGCUCUUCACAGAAUAUGGUCGACUGGCUAUGGAAGAAGUAUACCAAAAACCCUUUCAGACAUUAAUGUUUUUAAUAAGAGACUGGAGUUAUCCCUAUGAGCAUCCAUAUGGGCUGGAAGGAGGCAAGAGAUUCUUGGAAAAACGAUUGGAGAUAAAACAAAAUCAACAUGAAGAGUUGCAGAAUGUUAGAAAACACAUCCAUUCCUGUUUUGCCAAAAUCACCUGCUUCCUAAUGCCUCAUCCCGGUCUGAAAGUAGCUACAAAUCCUGGUUUUGAUGGGAGAUUAAAAGACAUUGAUGAUGAUUUCAAAAAAGAACUUCGCAAUGUAGUGCCAUUUCUGCUGUCCCCUGAGAACUUGGUAGAAAAGGAAAUAGGAGGAAGCAAAGUAACUUGUCGGGAUCUGGUUGAAUACUUCAAGGCUUACAUCAAAAUUUACCAAGGAGAGGAGCUGCCUCAUCCAAAAUCUAUGCUGCAGGCAACAGCUGAAGCCAAUAAUCUAGCUGCUGUUGCAGGAGCAAAAGAUAUCUACAACAAAGCGAUGGAGAUGUUUUGUGGGGGAGAUAAGCCUUACAUAGCACCAGCAGAUCUGCAGCAGCAACACCUGACCUUAAAAGAAGCUUCUAUCAAGCAGUUUCGCUCAGUCAAGAAAAUGGGCGGAGAAGAGUUCUGUCAGCGUUACCAAGAGCAACUUGAGCAAGAAAUGGAGGAGAACUAUGCAAAUUUUGUAAAGCACAAUGACAGCAAAAAUAUUUUUUAUGCUGCCCGUACACCUGCCACGCUCUUUGCUGUGAUGUUUGCCAUGUACAUUAUCUCAGGAGUGACUGGAUUUAUUGGUUUGAACUCGAUAGCUUCUUUAUGCAAUAUCGCAAUGGGAGUGGCUCUAAUAUCCCUCUGCACCUGGGCUUACACUAAGUAUUCUGGUGAAUUCAGAGAAUUUGGAGCAAUCAUUGAUCAAGUGGCUGAAACUAUAUGGGAACAGGUGUUGAAGCCACUGAGUGACAGUUUGAUGGAGGACAACAUAAAGCAAACUGUAGCAAACUCCAUCAAAGCAGGUUUGACUGAGCAGGGCUCCCAACAUGCCAAAUUAAAGACAAACUGACAAUCCAACUUGCCUGGUUCUUUUGCUGUCAAGUGUUUGCUAUAGGUUCUGGACUUGGUGCAUCAAUAUAUUCUGUGUAGAUUUUGAAGUGAAAGUCCCAACUUCACUGGAUGCUGCCAUAAAGGUCUGAAGAAAGAAGGAAUUUUGCUGGAGAAGAUUUUAAUAAUGGAUAGAAAAUUACAUUAAAUAAAGUUCAGGGAUAAAUUAAAAUCAAAAUUAAUUUUGAAUGUUACUUAUUGUCAUGAACAUAAGUUGAAUUUCCUUUUCAAGUCACCUCUAGUGCAUUGGUGGAUUUGUGUAAUAGACUGAUUUGUACUGAGUUAUCUGUACAGAUGAAUCAAUGGGAUCAUUUGAGGUGAUGCAUAGAAAAUCAGUCAGUGCAUACUUCCUUUAUUUUGUUAAAGUUCUGCUUUUAUUACCAGUAUUACAGUGCAUGAAUCCAAACUUUGUUAGGUUGAGAGUAAUUGAAGCUUGCCAGGCCUUUUUUUUUCCCUGAAUACAUACUGACAACAUCAUGCAUCAUUUACAGUUGAACUGCUGGGAGAUUUCACCAUUUCAUUACUGCCACUAAUCCAUCCAACAUGCUUUUCAUUUUCCUUUUUAACAGUAAGUCCAUCCACAAAGAACUGUUACCCAUGGUUGUAAGUUAGUAUUUGCCUGCACACUGCAUUAUCUUUAAUUUAAUUUUCUAUCAAAUUAUGGACAUGGGGCAUGUAUAUGAAAUAUAAAUAUAUAAAUACCAAAUUUUGUAUCAAAGUUUUUGUAGUUAAUGGCAAAAUCUGGUACAGUGGUAGACUCCGUGCAGUUUAUGUAAAGGACUGUUAUUUGUGAGUGAUGUAAGCAUCAAAAUGCAUCAAAUUUGAGGUUUUGAUAUAUUUGUGAUAUUAACUGCCUUGAGCGUUGCAAUCCUACCCCUUAUUGCAAAGCAUUGGGAAUGUUUGUUGUGGAAUUCAGUUGUCUUCUGUUGCAUUUUAAAGUUAUUUCCUGUAAUUUAUUUUUCAAUACAUAAUUAAAGUACUCUGAUAUUUCCUGC